AUGCCUAAUGCAAAAUACGAAGAAGACGUUGUGUUCAUGAUUUGUAUGACUGUUCAUUGGAAAGAUAAUCCUGAACUGUUAAAACAAAUCUGUCUUGUUGAUGUUGAAACUGCGCCAGACUCAUACUUGAUCACAGUUGCAUUAAAAGAAACUAAUGCUACAACGGUUGAGCAGAUGCGUGAAGUGGCCAAAUAUGGCAUUAUCGAUACUCUUAGCUGUCAGGAGAUUACGAGUAUAGCAUUUAUAUCAUUAUUCGAUACGCAUUAUUUUGCAAUAGGAAUGAAAGUGCGUAAUCUUUUAAGUGCCGACUUUGCAUCAUUAUAUCCAAGCCUUAUCAUGACAUAUAAUUUCUCAUCUGAUAAAAUCAUUUUAUUUCGAGAGUAUGCUGAAUCUCUAAAAGAAAGUGCUGAAAUGAAAGGCCUUUAUCCAAAAGUAUUAGAGGAGUUGCUUAUUAAACGAAAUUCUCUAAAAAGACGUCUUACUCUAUUAAAUGAUAGAAAAAAAGAAUUAGAAAAGGAAAUUACAUUAGCAGGCGGGAUAACAUCAGUUGGUCAGCGAAAUAUCAAGCUUAUUGCUGAUCUUGUUAGAAGUAAAAGGUUUAGUGUAAAGUAUUGGGAUACAGAUUCCUUAUACCUUAUCUGUCCAGAAGAAUGCUUUCAGAAAUGUGAUGAGACAUAUGACAAUCGUAAUGGGAUCUCGAAAGACGAAUAUUGGUCUAGAAUAGUAAAUAUCUCUAUAGAAGUAAUAAAAAGACUUCGUGAUGAAGUUAAUGACUUUCUCAGAAAUGAUAAUGGAUCAUCUUAUCUCAAAAUGGCGUAUGAGGAAGUCUUAUUUCCAGUACGGAAGCAGUCUAAACACUUUCGUGAGGUGGGUAAGAAGGUCAUGAAUGAAUCUAUGAAGGUGGAUAAUUCACAUAAACAUAUUCAUGAAAAAGCAGGUGCCAAACGACACAUAAAAAAGGGCUUAACACCUGAGCCUUAUCUUUAUGAAAUCCCAGAAUCAGACGAAUGCUUUGAGUAUAUUGUAGUUGAGAAUAAUUCAUCAUGCCUAAGCGUCUCUGGUCAGAGAGUGGGCGAUAAAAUGGAGUAUUCAGAAGUA